AUGUUCCCGGCAACAACCGUGUUCGAAAUCCAAUGUGUCUACGACGACACACGGUCUAAACCUGGAAUGAGAACCGGUGCCAUAGAAAAUUUAAGUCAGAGAGUUGCGAGUCUCGAGCAAAUGUUUCUUGGACAGAGUGUGUUAUGGCAGCAACUAUGGGGUGGCCUAGCAAAUACAUCUGGUGGGCAUAUCGAUUCUCCUUCGAAUAGCCUUCGCGAUCCUGCUUCUUCAUUGAAGGAUCACAUCGCACAAGUAAAGUCGAAUUUAACGCAUAUAGCAUCAACCGAUUCAUCACAACACAAUCCUAUAUUAGAGGCUCCUAACCAAUGGGGAAGUCGAUUAACCCAGAGAACCAUAGCAGGCCACGAUAAGGUUAAACCUAUCGAGUAUGAUGAGAUAGAUUUACCUCCAAGGGACUUAGUUGACGCAUUAGUUGAAAUAUACUUCGCCAAGAUUCAUCCAUGGAUCCCUAUGCUCCACGUCCGGCUAUUCCGUCAGCGUAUGGCUGAAGACCAAAAACGAGCACAUCUAACAACUAUAUUUCAUGCCAUCGUCUCGCUAUGCUCUAGAUUCUCAGAUGACGCCCGCCUUGGAAACGUCGAGGAGAAACUACGAAAUGCUAAGAGAAGUAGACAAACUGUUCUGCUUCGAAGCAUGGAGUCUUUCUCGGUAGAGAAUUUGCAAGCUCUAAUCAUAUGUGCAUUCGAUACUCUUGGGAGUGGUCGCGGACCUUCGGCUUGGUCUAUAGUCGGCUCUAUGACUCGGACUGUCGAACAAUUACAACUCAGUGUCGAGGAAAACGAUCAGCCUAUCGCUACAUCUGCUAAAGCCAUGAUUAAGAGGAUGGCUUUUCUUCCGCCGGCGCGUAAUUGGAGCGAGAGAGAAGAGAGGCGUCGGGUCUUUUGGAAUAUCUUUCAAUUGGAUCGGUUUUGCAGCAUUGCGACCGGUUGGAACUUAUCACUAACAAGCGCGGAUGUGAGAAUGCGUUUACCUUGCGAGGGGGCCCUAUGGGAAGCAGGGGAGCCUCUGGAGACCCCUACACCCUACUUCGGCGUUGCUGAUCAGACUGGUUCCGUUAACGGUGUGCUUCCAUCGGCAAGAAUGGGUGAAGAAUCUCAAGAGUCCCUCGGGGGAUUUGCUUACUGCAUCGAAGCGACGGAAAGCCUUAACCUUGUGGCAUCGUUCUUCCUACAACAGGUUAUCGACAUCUCUAUGAUUCACGAGGUGCAGGUAUGGCUGAUGAAGUUUAAACAGUUAGAUUUACGCUUGAUCCAGUGGAAGCUAUAUCUGCCUGAGCAGUGGCGAGAAGCCUGCGUUCUAAACCAGGACGGAAUCAUGGACCCAAAUUUGACCUUGGCUCACGUUACGCACAAUACCGCGGUAGUCUUGCUUCAUCAAAGCAUCGCGUACCCUUUACCCGAUUGGCAAAAUAGCCGUAUCCGGCUACCCAGUGCUUCAAGUUCCGAAACCUGCCUAGCCGCAGCUACAGAAGUUGCCAUUAUAACGGAGAAGUUUUUACAAGGUUCUACAUCACCAACAAACCCGCAAUUUGCCUUUUGUCUAUUUAUCUGCGGCCGUAUGCUUUUGGCCCAUGCGUCCUAUUACCAAGUACCGUUGCUAAAAGAGUUCGAAUCUCUUGUUGAAAGCCUAUUAGAGAUGUCUAAUCGUUGGAACCCGUGGCGCCCCCAAGAAGGUCCGCGUUUCGUAGAGAAUCUGGCGUCCAAAUUUGCAAUGCGUCUUAGACACGCCCAACGACAGGGUCCCGGCGCCAUCGAUAUCAGGCAACCCGCUUACUCAGAGGAUGACGUUCUUCAACGAGAACAAGACGCGCCGGUAUCAGUGCCGAUUCAUACCGGCCAACUACUAAAUUGCCGCUCCGAUCUUUACAGUAUACCUAGUCCUAUGGCUACCCGAAACACACAAGCAAACACUGUCGGAUCAAACAACGAUGCUUCCCCUGACAGUAUCACAUUGGCCUUUCCCCCUCUACCGCUUGCGUUCCAGUCAGACCAUUCGAGCAGGAUCCAUGCAGAAGUAAACUCACCAGCGCUAGCGUCACUGCAGACGCAUGGCCCUCUCUUACAAGUCGACAAUCCUGAAAGUUCUGGAAGCAUGUCUUUCGGAAGCUCAGAUAUGCUUAACUUCGACGACCUGAAUGCAUACUUACAGCAUCCCUUCCUACCUACACAGAGGAUAAGCAUGUUUUCAGAGCCUAUGAACAAUGGCGAGCCACCAUAA